AAUUAUACUUUGUAUAAGAGCUUUAUGGAAAAUGUGGAUUUAGCAAAUAACGAAACCUUUAAUUAUACUUUGUAUAAGAGUUCUAUGGAAAAUGUGAAUUUAUUCGAAGGCGAUAUUAGAUUGGAUACGUCAUUCGGAGAGGUGAUUUAUAAAUUUUUACACAUUUAACCUUAGUUUGUUCAUUUUUAGGACCUACACUAUUGUUUUUGGCGACUCGAGAGAAAAGCGAUGUCGGGAUGCUCUUCCCGGCAUCUUCGUGCCUUCUAAUUUCUUUAACAGAAUCGCAAUCUGCAAUCUCCUGGAUAGAGUCUAUCCAUUAAGUUCUCUCGUCCACGUGUAUCUUACAUAUUAGAAUUGCACGUUCAUUACGAAGGACUUGGAAAUCUUAUAUGGUGACCUUAGAAUCCAGACCAUGCCGAAGAUAAACUAUUAGACGACCAAGAAUGUCGAUAUUCUAAUCAUAUGUGAUCACCACUGUAAUUAAGAUCUCUCGAAUAGAAGAAAACAAUGUAUCGAUGUUUAAUAUUCUUAUGCGUAUUUUGUUUUCCGGAUUUUCUACUCCCUCCUUCUUGCGGAAACAAAUGAGGCCUUAUCUAGUACUCAUUGUGAGUUUGCCCAGAUCACUCAUCGUGGACCUGGGCAAACCCACAAUUAACACAACAAUUUUCGCGGGUCGUUUCAGGGUUUCCAUUCAAAAUGGUGAUGCUUUUCGUGGUAUCUGUAUUCGGACUGUCGCAUGGAUAACGGAUGCCACAAACUUUAGUCGAGCCGUUGUAUUGCAUCACAGAGUUUGGGAUGAUGGUAUAAUAUAUUACAAGUUUUCUCCUGACUUAAAAAUUGUCAGAAUUUUUACUUUGAUAACAAUUAUUGACUACAUCCAACUUGUAACUUGCUUACGUUUUGUAUAUAGAAGAACAGAGGAUAAUUAUAUUUAUAUACAGGAAGGAGAAGGGUGUAAUUCCCAUGUAGGGAAACAAGGUGGACGUCAGAUUCUUAAUUUAGGAAGUAGAUGUUGGAACCUCGGAAUCAUACUUCACGAAUUAUGCCACGCUAUUGGCUUCUAUCACGAACAUACUCGACCGGACCGUGAUAAAUAUAUAAAAAUUUUAUGGGAUAAUAUUAUAGAUGGAAAUAAGACAGUGUUUCAGAUUAACCGCUUCCUUAAAACAUGUGGCACUUAUAGUUACGAUAGCAUUAUGCAUUAUGGGCCUACAAUUUUCGCUAAAGAUGGUAAAAUAACUUUAAUGCCAACGCUUCCAAAUGUUACCCUUAAAGAAGUUUACGACCGGCGAUUUUUGUCAGAAUCCGACAUUGAAUGUAUUAACAAGUUAUACAAAUGCAAAUAACUUCUCUUGUAAAUAUAUAUAUAAAAUUUAGUUCAUUAUGUGAAUUUUAUUGGCAAAACUUUAUUUUAUGUAGGAAAUAAUUAUAUCUUUUCCGUUUUGGAUGGUGUUGAAUAUCCUAAUUCAUAUACAAGUACUUUUUGUAGCUCUAUACUUAAUUUGUCUAAUAUAUUCAAUAAAUUAUUUGUAUUGUCUUGAAAUUGAUUUAUGUUGGUGUGUACGAAAACAAUUUAUUUAUGAACAGAGCAACUUUGAGAUUCCUAGGUAAGCGUUCUCUUAUGAAACCCAAAUUACACUUUACAUGAUACUUUAUAACAUUCGUAUCCGAACUAGUUUAGGAGCGAACUGUGUGGAGAGACUUAUAAUUGUUUGCAAGUAUUUGAGGCUCCUGACAGCACAACAGGCUAAGGAUUUCCUGUGUCUAAAACUAAAACCGUUACCGU